AUGGAAGGAAUUUUGUGGAAGUGGACUAAUUAUUGGAACGGCUGGCAGACUAGGUGGUUUGUUUUAGAGAAUGGAAUCAUUUCAUAUUAUAAAUCACAGGAGGAAGUCAGUCAGGGAUGUAAAGGUUCUGUCAAAGUAUCAGUUUGUCAAAUAAAUGUGAAUAAUAUAGACAAUACUAGACUAGAUCUAGUUAUACCUGGUCAGCAGCACAUGUAUUUAAGAGCACCAUCACCACAGGAGAGACAGAUGUGGCUAGUUGCCUUAGGCAGUGCUAAAGCCUGUCUUGACUCAAAAGAAUUAAAUGUUGUGGCCUUGGAAGAUGCCAAUUCAUUAAGUCAUAAAAAAUCAGAGUUGCGGCUAUAUUGUGACCUGAUGAUGCAACAAGUCCAUGCUAUUAAAGGUGCAGCUACUGCUGAUGGUGGACCUGAGAUGCAGAAAAUUGAUGAUGCCUCCAGUCUACUAACAGCUACAUGUGAUACCUUCAUAAGGACAUUGGAAGAUAUAAUGAGAUUAACUCCUUCUAUUGCUGCAAAUUCUGUAUGCUCAUUCGACAUGCCCAUUCCAAAAUGUAACAAUUCUAUAAAAUCCCAACCAGCUGCGAUCAAGACACCUAGACAAAGUAUAACACGAACUCUAUCUCAAGAAAAUAGGUGA